AUGGAUGCUGCGACCAUCGAGGAGACGAAUCGCAUUCGCGUUUCGCUGGGCAUGAAACCGUUGCCAGUGCCUGGUGCCGCCCCAACUCAGUCGCAACGUGACAACUCUGCCUCAGAUGACGAGGAUGCGCCGAGUACCCUCGAGAGCCGUUCGGCGCAAGCCUACGAAAACUAUCAAAAAGUCCGUGAUGCCGAAGCUGCCAAGCGCAAACGAGAAGAGCGGGCCGCCGCUGCGAAAAGGGAAAGGGAGGCUGCGCAGCGUCAUGCCAUUCUCGAGGGAAAGAGCCUUGGCGAAGCAGAGGAUGCCGACGUGGAUGCGAAGGCCUGGUUGAAGGCCCAGAAAAAGCGGCAGAAGGCCAUCGACAAGGCGAGGAAGCUGGAAGAAGAGCAGGCUGCCGCUGAAGCUGCUGCGCUGGCGGCUGUCGAGUACACCUCGAAGGAUUUGGCCGGUGUGAAGGUUGCGCACGAACUCGACAACUUUCUCGACGGCGAUGAGCAGAUCUUGACCCUUAAGGACGCCACCAUCGAUCAAAAUGAAGAGGAGGGCGAUGAGCUCGAAAACAUGGACCUAAGGGCGAAGGAGAAGCUGCAAGAAAACCUGGACCUCAAGAAGAAGAAACCAGCGUACGACGUGUUCGCUGCUGCAGACGAAGGGGCAGAGCGCGGCAUCCUGGCUCAGUACGAUGACGAGAUCUACGGGAAAAAGGGCAAGAAGUUCACCCUCGACGGUUCAGGUGCGAUUGCAGAACUGGGCGACAUUUUGGGGGCGCCGGAGAAAUCGAAGAAACUGCAAAACAUCGAUCUCGAUGCUAUUCGUAAGUACUACCCUGCCGACCUCGACGGAGGCAGAAUGUCACUGACUUGCCCACCAGAGGAUGCCCCUACUUCAGAUUACCUUGACAUCUCCGAGAUCAAGGUGAAGAAGCCCAAGAAGAAGAAAUCCAAGUCAACUCGGCAGAAGCCUAUUGAUGAGGAUGAUAUUUUCCCCACCGACACAGCACCAACUGGCGACGACAUGAUGGACCUUGACUCCGGUGCGGCUGUGCUACAAAAGAAGCGCAAGGUUGAGGAUGACACGUUUGUCGAUGACGAGGACUUACAGGCGUCUCUGGCCAUCCAGCGUAAGAACGCUCUGAAGAAGAGAAAGAGGGCCCGCCCCGAGGACAUCGCUCGGCAACUAAGAGAGCAAGUUGACGAGCCAGGCGAAGCUCAAACGGGCGGCGUAGUGAUUGACGAGAUCUCCGAGUUCGUGUCCAACCUAAAGAAGCCAGAGGAGGAGGAGGAACGCAAACCAAAGAGGCCAAAGUCUAUGUCAGUGGAGCCCGUCACGGCGAUGGAUGCCGAGUCUGGCGACGAAGAUCACCCCAUGGGUGAAGCCGACAUCCAUGAGGCUUUGGAAGACAGGACGAGGGAAGACUCCGCCGAUAUCGCGGCGACGGGAGUCGACGAGGAGAAGACGAUGAACACAGGCAUGGGGUCGACCUUGGCGCUGUUGAGAGAGCGCGGCAUUCUCAAGGAUGCUCGCGGAGCGGAGCUGAACAUGAGCCAGCGCCAGAAGGCCGAGUUUUUGGCAGAAAAGAGACGCAUCGAGCGGGAGCAAGAGGAGCGGACCAAAUCCCAGCGCGAGCGCGACAGGAACAGCGGUCGACUGGACGCCAUGUCCACCAGGGACAGGGAGGAACGCGCUCGGCAGGCCAACGCCCACCGCGAACUGCAGCAGUCCCGCGUCGUCGACGAACUCUUCAAGAAGCACUACAAGCCCAAGGUAGAACUCAAGUACGUGGACGACCACGGCCGGUCCCUCGACCAGAAGGAGGCCUUCAAGCACAUGAGUCACCAGUUCCACGGCAAGGGCAGCGGAAAGGGCAAGACCGACAAGCUUCUGAAGAAGAUCGAGGAGGAGAAGCGACGCGAGGCCAAGCCGACCUUUGACGCCAGCGAAAACGCAAACAUGAGCUCAUCAUCGGCGAAGCGGCAGGCCGGUGUUCGAUUACAAUAA